UUAUUCAUUUUUUCAACAAAAAAAAUUAUUCUUAAUUGAAUAAAAAUGCAAAUAGCGCAAUAUUUCAUCACUGUCGGUUUAAAAAAAUAACAUUAGAGACUAAAGCCAGCAUAAGAUUAUUCACGGCUUUAUUUACAUAAUCAUGCUCAUCUUCGACUUUCUUAAUUUUUCUCCUCUCUAUUCAUAGGAACAAGAAUAUUGUCAUUUUAUCUUUUUUUGUAUUUAUACUUGGCAAAUAUAUGUUUAUGUUUGGUAGUCAAAUUUAACAUAGUCAACAGUUUUUAUCUCAAAUAUUUGUAUGCUUCAAUAAUAAGAAUAAAUUCUCGGAAAGUUUGUAUUUUAAUUUGGCGGAAAUCAUUAAUCAUGAAUGCUUAAAUUUCCUUAUGACCAUGGAUAGUGUUAUUAAAUUCAAUAACAAGUCUGGUGCAAGAGAUAAAUUAUUUCGUCUUGCACAAUAUAGUUGCAAAUUGAUAUGGUCCACUUUAGAAAACAAGAAACUGAACAAAGAACUCAUAAAGAAACUGAAAGAUUUAGAGACUGUCUUGAGUACUGGAAGGAAAUUAUAUAGAUUUGGUCGUGGUUUUGAAACUCUUUAUUCCUGCCUUGGCUGCAUGCAUCUAGAUGAUCCGGUUCUUCAUUUCACUAUCACCUUCUCCAAAAUUAACACUGCUAUGUACUUAUUUGUGGACCAUUUUAUUUGGCUCAACCGUGUUGGGCUGAUUAAUAUCGACAAGGACAAAUGGUCGAAAUUGUACUAUAAAUUUUGGUUAAAUUUUGUGGUCAUGAAUUUGGCAAGAGACAUUUAUGAAAUUAAGAAAAUAUUGGAAAGGCAAAGCUUCAGUAAGUUGAGCCACGAGUUUCAAGGUAAUAGGAUUCAGAAAGGUAAUACUGUUUCGUCUAGUCUUCAAGUUCUGUUUAGUUUUCUGGAAUUGCACAAAGAUGUCAUUGUUGACACAGUAAAAAAUGGGUGUGAUCUUUUCUUGCCUCUUGCACAGAUGGGGCACGUUUCGAUUUCUUCACGAACCAUGGGCAUUUUGGGAAUGAUUUCAUCUGUUGCUGGAAUGUUGCCUCUUAUUGACUCUACUUAUAAGUUGAGCCCAUGAGUGACAUUUUUUAUAAAUUUUUAGUAAGUUGUUUUGGUACAAGAAAGUAUUUUGUACAAAAUAAACCUUGUGAAAAAUAUGUUUAAACAUAAAAUCUAUUUAAGAAGCACAGCCGUCAUAAAUGAAGAUAAAGCAUGGCAUUUGCUAUAGUGCAAAAUUAGGAAAAUUUGUUAUUGGCUAGUUGACAGUUAUAGUUAUAUUUGUUUACUGUGACAAUUAUAUUUUUUUACUACGGCCACGUUCUGAGAAAUUGAUUCUAAUUAUCAAAGAAAAAUUAAUAAACAAGUGUGAAACAAUGAAAUUUUCAUAGUAUUAAAAAUAUUCAUAGCUCCAUAAUUAUUAAAACAAUAAUAAUAGUGAAGUGCAUUUUGGAAGAACAAAAAGUGGCAAUUUGCAGACAGUUUUUUUAAUCCCUGUUUGUUAAGUUUAAUCAUCCAGUGGCAACCGUUAAUUUUGCCUAUAGCAUUUGCUUCUGUAAAUGCAAUUUUCAGGAUAAAAUGAAAUUUUUAUAUGUUUUUGCAGCAAACUGUUGAUCUGCCUACCUGAACUCAUUGCUUUGCAAUUGAGUUCACAUUGGAUGAACUCAACCGCAUUGAUUUCCUAUGUUUUAAGUGUCAAAAUUUUAAAAAAUCAUCCGUAGUAGAGCGAGAAAGUUUGUUUCAAAGGAAAAAUUUUGAACUUUACUAAAAUAAUAAAAAUUAUAGACUUGUUUAAAGGCAAUGGGUUUCAGUGCAGAGAAAUCUUGAAUUAAUUGAAAAAAAUCUUAACUACAAAAAUUCAUCUUACAAAUGUAACCUAAUUGUUCUGCAUCUACCUUUGCAUUGAAUUCAGUGUUAUAAAAACAUAAUUUCAUGCCAUAAGCACUCUAUACGCAAACAGACACGCACAUCAUUUUAUUAUAUCAAUAAAUUGGGAGUACUUUCUAUAUUGAUGUACAAUAUUAACAAAGAAAGGAACUAUGUUAUAUCUAUAAUUUGAAGAAAAAAAAGCUUAAGAUUUAUUUUUAUUUGUAAUUUUUAAAAAAUUAUUUAAAGUUUGGUGAGAUCUGAUAAUUUUUGCUUCCUUUUUUCUUCUGUAACUGAAUUUUUCAUAAAUAAUUUUGUCUCAACUUAGAAAUGUUAUAAUCUUAAUCUAAUGUUAUAUCUUUAAAAUAUAGAUUAUCUAAAUAUCACACUCUAUUUCCUUAAUAUGAAUGUCAUUUUAGUUGUUAAAUAUGCUUGUAAUUUUUCAAUACUUUGGUCAUAGUUAUUAUCGAUGCAGCAAAAAUAUACUGAAUACUAAAUUUGUCAGAUAUAAAUUUGAUUUCGUAACAAACAUAAUUUGUAUCGAUUUAGUAUGAAAAUUGCAACUACUGGAACGUCUACUCCAGUUGUGUUAUUGUCCAAUAUAUUGUAUUUUACUUUUAUUCGUAAUGUACUAAUUAGAUUCAUUCAUAACUAUUGUUUGAAAGCAAAUUUUUAGUAUGAGGUGCAGUGUUAGUUACGAAGCAUAUGUUGAUGAUAUUUAUCUUUAUUUGAAACACAUUCAAAUAUAAGAUAUCUGCUAUAUUAUAUUUUCCUCUUCUUUUUUUUUUUAAAUAAUUAAAAUUGUAAAUGCUAUAGGUGUAGCCUAUCUGUUCUGUAAAAUAAAAAUUUGUCACAACUUGCUA